CAUUCGCAUUUGAAAGGAAAUCAAGCAAUUUCAUAGAAUGGCAGCUCAUCAGGCCUCUUCUGGUACGAGUUAUGAAGUGUUCUUGAGCUUUUGUGGCAAAGACGUUCGCACCAAUUUCGCCGACCACCUCUACCAUGCCUUGGAUGGGGCUGGAAUUCGAACUUUUAGGGACGAGGAAGAACUCCACAAGGGAAACGAGAUUGCCCCGGAGCUAAUCGCCGCAAUCCAGCAGUCAAGAGUCUCCAUUCCUAUCUUCUCGAUUAAUUUUGCUUCAAGCAAAUGGUGUCUCAAUGAGCUAACCGAGGUAUCUGAAUGUAGAAGAACAAUGGAUCAGAUCGUGUUGCCCAUUUUCUACAAAGUUGAACCAAGGGAUGUGCGAAACCAGACCGGGGCAUAUGAGAAGGCCUUUGAGGAACACCAGAUGCGAUUCGACGAGACAACAGUUCAAAAAUGGAAGAAGGCUUUGAGAGAGAAUGGAGAGUUGGAUGGAUGGCAUUCGAAGGAGGACACGUAUGAAGGGAAGUUAGUAAAAGAAGUUGUUAAAACUGUUUGGAGUACCCUGAACAAGAGACUCUUGCAUGUUUCUAACAAGCUAGUUGGAAUCCAAACUCAUAUAAAAAAAAUGUUGAUGCUAUUAGAUAUUGAAUCUGAUGACAGAAAAAUUGUGGGGAUCCAUGGCCUCAGUGGCAUUGGAAAGACAACAGUUGCUAGGGCUGUCUAUGAUACAGUCCUUAGUCGCUUUGGAGGAUGUACGUUUAUUGAAAAUGUUCGAGAGAAUGCUAAAAAACAUGGGAUUCACUAUCUGCAAAACAAACUUAUCAAAGAUAUCCUGAAACAAGAAAAUCAAAAUAUUACUAGUGUGGAUAAUGGAAUUAAUGUGAUCCGGGAAAGAUUGUGCAGAAGAAAAGUUCUUAUUGUUCUUGAUGAUGUGGAUCAAGAUAUUCAAGCAGAGUCUUUAGUUGGGGACCGUGAAUGGUUUGGUAUUGGAAGUAAGAUUAUUCUCACAAGCACAAAUAAGGAUAUUCUAAUUGCUCGAAAAGCAGAUGGGAUUUAUGAGCCCAAUGUAAUGGAUUUAGAUGAUUCUCUUGAGCUUUUUAGCCAUCAUGCAUUUGGAAGGAACAAACCUAUAGAAGAUUAUUUGGAUCUCUCAAAAGCUAUGGUAAAAAUUACUGGAGGACUUCCCUUGGCUAUUCAAGUUAUAGGUUCAUCUUUAUUCUCAAAGAAAAGAUCAGUAUGGGAAGGCAUGUUAAAGAAGUUGCAAAAAGUUCCCAAUAAUGAUAUCAUGAAAAGGUUGAAACUAAGUUACGAUGGAUUAGAAGAUGCAGAGCAACAAAUGUUUCUUGAUAUUGCUUGUUUUUUUAUCGGAAUGAAUAAAAUUAUUGCAUGUCAUAUAUGGGAAGGGUGUGAUUUUUCUCCUCAAGUAGGACUUGAUGUUCUUUGUGCAAAGUCUUUGGUAAUGAUUAGUGAAGAUGGUAAGUUAAGGAUGCAUGAUAUGCUUCGGGAUCUUGGAAGGGACAUUGUUCGUCAAGAGAGCAUAAAAAAGCCAGGAGAGCGUAGUCGAAUAUGGUCUCAAGAGGAAGUGUUGGAUGUACUAGUUAAACAGGCGGGAACAAGUAAUUGUGAAGGACUCACUAUUGACUUCAGCCAACUCAGUAUUGACUUCUGCAGUAGAUCAAAUAGCCAAUGUUUGAUGAGUGAAGGACUUGCUGCAAUGACAGAACUAAGGUUACUCCAACUCGAUUAUGCACAAUCUUCUGGGAACUUCACCAAUUCUUUUUCAGAACUGAGAUGGCUUAGUUGGAGAGGAUGUCCUGACCAAUAUGCACUAACCAAUUUCUGUCCACAAAAAUUGGCAGUUCUUGAUCUAUCAUGUAGUAAGAUCGAGAAAAACUGGAUGGGUUGGGACUGCAUCAAGAUGGCAGUGAAUCUGAAAGUUCUAAAUCUCAUGUCUUGUGAUCAACUAUCUAGUACUCCUGACGUUACAGCAAAUCGACUCUUGGAGGUACUGAUUCUGAAAGACUGUAAGAAAUUGGAAAAGAUUGAUACAUCUAUAUGUUGUCUCAUGAACUUAGUCAGAUUAGAUAUGAGUGGGUGUGUAAGUCUAAUUGAGCUGCCGGAGAAAUUGGACCUCGUGAUUAAAUUGACAACACUUGAUUUGAGUGGCUGCAUUAAACUUAAAUCACUUCCAAGUGUUCCUCAACUCUUGGAGGUAUUGAUUCUUAGUGGCUGUAGAAAUUUGGUCAGGAUCGACACAUCCGUUGGUUGUCUCAGGAACUUAAUCACAUUAGAUAUGAGGGACUGCAGCAGCUUAGUGGAUCUCCCAAUUAAAAUUUGUCGGUUGGCUUCUCUGCUAAAAUUUGAUAUAAACGGAUGCGGUAAUCUUGCAUUGCUUCCAAAUCUUCCUUCUGGCUUGAAAUCUUUUGAUGCUUCUAAUUGUGUAUUGUUAAGAUCACUCCCAAUGCUUUCAAGUCUAAAAAAUCUUGAGAAAUUGCGCCUUCCAGGAUGCAAGAAGCUUUUACACAUCUUGGGUCUUCCCUCAAGUUUGAUUGCCCUAGAUGCUCGCCAUUGCGAGUCAAUGGUAAAACUAUCAAGUACAUCACAAGGCUUGAGAAAUUUAAAGGCAUUACAUCUAGAUUAUUGCACCAGCCUUGAAGAAAUUGAAGGUGUUGACGAGAAAUUGGACUCCCUGGUGAGCAUAUCCAUCUCGCGUUGCAGAUCAUUAAAGAAGUUACCAAACCUGAAGGCCUCGAAAAAUCUAAGGACUUUAAAGCUCAAUCGUAACAACAUCAUAUCGGAUUUUGAAGGCGAGGGGAUGGACUCUCUGGAGGUGUUGGAGAUCGAAUCUUUCCAAUCAUUAAGAAAAAUACCAUAUAUGCGAGAUUCGAAAAGGCUGAGGAUACUACAAAUCAAAGACUGUCCAGAAUUGUCUGAGAUUGAGUGCCUUGAGGACUUUGAAUACUUACAAACAUUAUCAAUUAUUGAGGCCACAUCAUUAAAAACAUUACCUGAUAUCUCAACCCUGAAGAAUCUGAGCUAUUUAAGAAUCAGAUGUUGCAACUCGAUGGAAAGAUUGCCUGAUCUUUCAAACUUAAAAAAGUUGUGGCAAUUAGAGAUUGUGGAUUGCAUGAAGUUAACCGAAAUUCCAGGCCUGGACCAUUUGGAAUCCUUGGGAGAAUUGAAAAUAGGAGGAUGCAUAUCCAUUCAAAGAUUACCGGAUCUGUCAAACUUAAAGAGGUUGAAUGCUCUUAGAGAAGUUGGAUAUUAGUGGGUGCGAGUCCUUGGAAAGAUUACCAGAUCUUUCAAACUUAAAAUGUUUAAAGGAGCUGAAGUUAAGGACUGCAAGAAGAUAAUUGAGAUUCAAGCUUGAUAAUGGAUUGGAAUCUUUGCAACUCUUGGAUGUUAGGGGGUGUAUUUCUUUAGAAUAUAUACCAGAUCUGACAGUCAUAAAAAUUUCGGCAACUACAUAGUAUGUACUACUGAGGCAA